GGUCUUAAACGCUUUAGGAAAGUUACAGGAAUUUAUCGAUCAUCCCUAAGUCAGAUGUUUCCAGUGAGCUCAAAGUGCCAGGGGUCUGCUGGUUAGUCGUGUUGCAGCGGUGCACUGAGUCUCUAUUUUAGACGAGUUAACACUUAUUGGAUCAUGACUACCCACGAGUUUUUUGUUGAUAUGACAUGUGAGGGAUGCUCCGGUGCAGUGACUCGGGUCCUUAAAAAAUUAGAUGUCAAGUUUGACAUUGAUCUUCCUAACAAGAAGGUCUUCAUCGAGUCGGAUAAAGACACAAAGGUUCUCCUGGAAACCCUGAAGAAAACCGGCAAAACUGUUACAUACAUUGGUCCGAAAUAGACCAGAUGUUAAACAUUAACUCUUUAUAUUGAGCAACAUGUAUUCCUGUCACCCUCCAUUUGUAAUUCCUGUUUACAUUUGAUUUAGUAUUUGUAUUGUUUGUGUUUUUUGUUUUUCCAUUUGCAUGUUAGUUGCACAAUUUCCAUAUUGUACUAAUGAUGGUAUGUAAGAAAAAUGUGACUUGGAAUAACUUGUAUGCUAUUCUUCAGCCUUAAGGUUCAGUCCAAGUUAUUUGUAGUGGUUACUUUGGGGAAACAAAGAAGCUCAUUUAAAAAAAAAUAGUCAUAUGUGACAUUAUUCAUAAGCUGAUUAAUGGAAAUAUUAAUGUCUAAUGAAAAAUUGUCAUGUAACUGCUCUAUAAAAUUAAAGCCCCCUGCCUAAUAUUGUGUAGGUCCCACUUGUGCCACCAAAACAGCUCUGAUACAGCGAGGCAUGGAUUCUACAAGUCCUGUGAAGGUGUGCUCAGAGGCGAUUCUAGAGUCUGUUGUGGCCCCAAGCAAAAAUUUCCAGGGGGCCCUUCUGACCAGUGUUCAUCACCAAUAUGUUAUAAAUUAUCUAACACUAACGAAAAAUGUAUGAAACCAAAGUGUUUUAAAUUCUAAAUGUGAAAAUACAAUGGUAAAGAACAAUAAAAAACAAAAUAAAUAAGCCCUUGGGCCCCGACUCUUUGGGGGCCCCUGGGCCAGGGAGCCCCAAGCAGUUGCCUGCCUUGCCUAUUCACAAGCUGCGCGUCUGGGUGUGCUGUGGUAUCUGGCACUAAGAUGUUAGUAGUAGAUCCUUUAAAGUGCAUGUCAUGGGUAAAUUCAGGAGCAAGGUCAAUGUAAUUCUAUUUUAUAUUAAACUUUGGUCAAAUAUCUGUCGCAUUUUGUGCAUUUCCAGACGUGUUUUUUUUUCUGCUGUAGACAGAUGGCCUUAUGCAAAAUUACCCUUCUGGAUGACUGUGUAAAGGGACAUUCUUUCAUAUAAAAAACAACGAAAUUGGUCCAGAAUAUGCACUUUAAGGCCUGUAAGUUGCAAGGUGGGGCCUCCAUGGAUAAAGACUUGUUUAUCCAGCACAUCCCACAGAUCAGGGGCUCGACCUUGACUUUUUAAUCCACUUGUCCAGUCAGACAAGCAGCACAAUUUUUCACUUGUCCUGACCAUAACCUUUUUUUUCCCUAUGUAUUUACUCAUUCAAUGAAAGGAAAGCAGUUAACAAAGUUUAUCAGAAAGCAGGUAUAGUUAUGAUGAUCAUUAUUUUUUAAUGAUGUGUCCUUUUUCAAUAAAACUCAAACUUUAACUGGAACAAUAAAUAAAAACUAUCCAAAGCCC